AUGUCGCUUUUUGGUCAGGCAAAGCGGCACGCUCCGCCCAAGCCUCGCCGGUCACCCCUCCCUGUCUUUGCUGGUGACUCGGAAAAGUUUAGUCUCUCGUCGCCAACCACAACCGGGUCACCCCUUGGCAACACGUCACGAUGGUUGACUUUUGUUGUCAUUCCCAUACCCGCUAACCUUCCGUUCGGGUCCCGCGAUUCGCCAGCGUUGGGCAACGGCUAUGGCCAGUCCAAGAUCUUCCACAGCCAGAACCGCGGCGGGCGACACAUUCGAGUACCCCUCCCCAUUCCUCCGCGAUUGUUCGCGCGCCUCUCGCGAUUGCACCCCGUCCUCCGCAUUGCGUUGGCUGCAAUCACCAUCGCGGUUGUCCUCACCCUCUCGCUCGGCCUGAGGAAAAACGGUCCAGCCGGAAGAAAGACGUGGAGCCCACUCCAGGAUCCCAGCACCGUUGUGCUGACUCCUCCCGAGAUUGCAAAGAUCUGGGAGUGGGAAGUGCUGAGUGGCCACCAUCCCAGUCUCGCAGAAGUCCCUGCGAGCGUCCCCAUUCAGCAGUCGCUCGUCAACCCCAUUGUCCCCGCGAACCUGCUGUCAGCUGCGAAGCCCACGCCAAAUGCCGGAGACGUGCGGCGCACUCCUGUCGACCACCACAACACUCUCGUCGGCAAGGGACCAGCUCGCAACUACAUUGCUCCUUGGGACAAGCCUCUGCGGUCUCCAGGUUUCCCGCCGAGGCCCGUGCCCGGCGCUGUCAUGGAUCUCGACAUUAUUUUGGAGAAGUGUGACUACAGUACGAACAAGUACGUCCGUGACUGCUUGGAGCUCCUCAGGAUAGGUGGUAACCUCGACAAUGGAAAGCGUGUUCGCCGCGGCAAUUACCUCGCGCCAUUCCGCCAGAUGUACCUCGAGGACGAGUUCACACCAGUCGACGAGAGGCAGUGGACACCGCUUCCACCUCCAGAGGCAGUGCGGCCUCCCAGCUUGUCGAGGGAUUCUCUGUCGCUUCCGCCUCCAAACGCGGUAACGCCAGCGUUCAGCUCGCUCGAGGACCCGUGCGACCCCCUCCAUCCCCGUAUCUUCCACAUGUUCUGGGCUGGCGCGUUCACCGACAAGCCAUACAUGGCUGUCAUGUCGUUCCUGUACACCCAGAACCUCGGCCUCGACCGCAACCCGGACAUUUCCUCGUCAUCGACAGUGCGCAAGACUUGUCGUCCGCAGUUCUGGGUCUGGAUUAACCCUGGACCCGCGGCUGCCGUGCCCAACCCCUCCGCCAAGCGCGAGAUGUACGAGACGCUUGCGACGAACCCGUGGUCGGCGCCAUUCCUCCACGAGCGCUUCCGCGAGGUUGUCAAGUUCAAAAUGUGGAACACGACCGAGCAGCUCGACGGCAUCCCCGAAAUGAAGCCAUACUGGCGCGAUAUGCCCAUCUUCAAUUCUGGUGGCAACGUCUACAAGCAAAGCAAGCUGAAGCAGCCAGAGCCAAAGGCCGAUGUGGAGAGCGAGGUUGAGGUCGAGGCCGAAGCCGAGGCCAAUGCCAACACAGGGGGCACUCCUACCAUCAAGAAGAAGGAUGGGCUGUAUGACAAGGUUGGCUCGGCGUCGGAGAGCGACUACGACCGUCUCUCGGUCAUUCUUUCCGACAUGGCGCGCUUCGUCCUCACGUAUCGCUACGGAGGCAUCUACCUGGACGCGGACACGCUCUUCCUGCGUGACUGGGAGGAACUGUGGAACUACCGUGGACAGUUUGCGUACCGCUGGAGCUUCCACAAGAAGUACAACACUGCUGUGCUCAAACUGCAUAAGGGAUCUGCUCUCUCGACAUUCCUGUUCAAGACCGCUCUUGAGAACGGCCUCGACUUCCAUCCGAUGACCGUGUCGAGCUAUCUCAAGGACGCGGGUUUGGACAAGCUACUAGUGCGCAUCCCGGAUGCGCUCUUUGACCCGGCGUGGCUCAACAUGGAACGUUUGCAGAGGGACCGCCCGCCCUUCCCUUACUUCAACCAGUUUUCUGUCUUCUUCUCGAAUGACAAGUUUGACACGGCCGGCCCUGAGCAGCUUGGCUUUGACGGCUUCUUUCGUGGUGCUUAUUCGUACCACUUCCACAACUUCUGGUGGCUUCCGUUCGACGCGUCGCGCAACUGGCCUGACCUCGGCGAGCGUUUCGCAAAGGGCGAGAACGCCCUGCGCGAGGCCCAGCGCGCCGUGGCCUCGUCGGAAAAGGCCGGGGCCGUGCGUACCCAUGCCGCGCAGGACGAGCUCGACGACGAGGCCACGGGUGGCGUGACCAAGCGCGAGGACAUGGAUGACGCGAUCGACCUGAGCUGGUCGACUGUGCUCAAGCGCACGUUCGAGUCGUACGUCCGCGGCGACCAGCCGAACAUGUACGGCGAGUGGAUCAAGUGGUGA